AUGGCCAGAACCAGAAGCACGGCCAAAGGUCUGGGCACUUCUACCCGUAGCUACAGGGACGAGAAGACUGCGGAGAGAUCGACAAGACACCACAAGUUGGUCGCAAUGACUGCCCCGCGGCCCUGCUCCUCCUCCUCCUCCUCCUCCUCCUCUUUGUUGCCAUCCAGGGCCAAGGGCACUAAAAGCAGCGCUGCAGUUGAUUCUGCCUCUGACCAUGACGACGCUACUCACGACGACUUGAGUGUCACCAACACGAAAGACGCCACCGAUGUUGAGCAGGACAUCGAGGAACCUGCUCCGAAAGAUGACAAGAGAUGGAAGACCAACACGGUCAGUGCCAGGCGUUGGCGUCUUGCUCAAGCACGUCUGCGCGAGCAGGCCGCCCAGCGAAAAGCCGAGCGUCAGACGCCGGAAGAGGCUGCUCGGGAGGCAGCGGUCAGACAGGCUCGACAGAAUGAAGCGACCAAAAACCAUCUACGUCUGAUGGCUGAAUAUUGGGAGUCAAAGCAGGAGCCCGGCGUCGAGUACAGAUAUGAAGACUAUAAAGACAUGAUGGACCUUUGA